GGCCUUGAUAAUCUGGGAUGAGUAGACGUAACCCACCCGGUACGCUUCAUUAACCGGUGCGGCCUUUCAACGUGAUUUCAGCUGAGCUAGCCCUUUAAACCUCCUGCUUCCUCAUUUCCUGAUCCCACUUCUUUCCAUUUCCUAUAUAAAUACUAGGGCCGGCAUCCCACCUUUCUCUUACACCAAAUCCAUUACAACUCUCUCACUCUCUCUCUUCCCAGUGCUUUCUCAUGGAAGUGAAAAUUACAUUUUUGCUUACAGCUUCCUUCUUGUUGCUCACUGGUCCUGCUUUUGCAGCUACAUUUUUAGAAGGAUACCUCGACAAUGGAAACUUUGAAGAAGGACCAAAACCAACUGACAUAAAGAAAACAGUACUCAAAGGAAAAUAUGCACUGCCCAAAUGGGAACUCAAUGGCUUUGUCGAGUACAUCUCCGCUGGGCCACAGCCUGGUGGCAUGUACUUCGCUGUGGCUCACGGUGUUCAUGCUGUAAGGCUUGGCAAUGAGGCCUCAAUCUCUCAGACGGUAAAGGUUAAACCAGGUGCCUUGUAUGCUCUAACAUUUGGGGCAUCAAGAACAUGCGCACAAGAUGAGGUUUUGCGGGUCUUAGUGCCUCCUCAGAAAGGAGACCUUCCUUUGCAGACACUCUACAGUAGUAAUGGAGGAGACACCUAUGCAUUUGGAUUCGUUGCCACUUCUAAUGUUGUUACUGUGACAUUUCACAACCCUGGGAUUCAAGAGGACCCUGCUUGUGGACCACUCUUGGAUGCAGUCGCUAUCAAAGAGCUCUUCCCUCCAAGGCCCACAAGAGAUAACUUGGUCAAGAAUCCAGGCUUUGAGGAGGGUCCCUAUCAUUUAGUAAACUCUUCCCAUGGAGUUCUCCUUCCUCCAAGACAGGAAGACCUCACAUCCCCGCUUCCUGGUUGGAUCAUUGAGUCCCUUAAAGCUGUGAAGUUCAUAGACUCGAAGCAUUUCAAUGUCCCUUCUGGAUUUGCCGCAAUUGAACUUGUUGCAGGGAGAGAAAGUGCCAUUGCCCAAAUUCUCAGAACAGUUCCCAACAAAUUCUAUAACCUUACAUUCACUGUUGGAGAUGCAAAGAACGGUUGCCAUGGAUCAAUGAUGAUUGAAGCAUUUGCUGCUAAAGAUACCUUGAAAGUCCCCUUCAAAUCAGAAGGCAAGGGCAGGUUCAAGACUGCCAGUUUCAAGUUCAAAGCGCUGUCAUUUAGGACCAGAAUUACAUUCUUCAGCUCCUUCUACCAUACUAGGACCGAUGACUUUGGAUCUCUUUGCGGUCCUGUUCUUGAUCAAGUCCGGGUUGUCCCCGUAGCUCAUAUGUGAUUUCUAUCUUCUACCUGCUUCAUAAUUUUGUGAUAGAGAUUUCGUAAUGGUUAAUAUAAACUGUCUUUUGUGAA